UGUUAUGACAAGUACUUGAAGCAAGAUUUUAAGAUAGCUGCGGCUGAGGCAGGGAAAACGGAGUGGGAUCUACCAGACGAUGGAGGAACAUACAACGGAACACCACGUAAAACGGGAUUUUUCGCGCCAAACGGGACUUACCUAACCGAGAAAGGGAAGUUCUUCUUGACAUGGUACUCUAAUGGGUUAAUCGGGCAUGCAGAUCAAAUUCUAGACGAAGCCAACAACAUAUUCCAAGGAUGCAAAGUCAAGUUAGCUGCCAAA